CUUCCUGCCCCGCGCCGCAGAGUCACCGUACACAAACACCACCAAAUCACUGUGUGUCUCCACUAUCUCUCACAAUGAGAGGAACACGCAUUAUUGUUGAACUUGAGCAUAAAUGAAACCCGUUUCUGAGGGGUUCGUGCUGAAACGCAAGUGCCGAGAACAUGAACCUCCACCAGGUGCUCACAGGCGCCGUCAACCCUGGAGAAAACUGCUACUCUGUGGGCAACGUCAACAACCAGCCGUUCACGGCGUACGCCUCCGGAUGUGACAUCGUGAUUCUGGGCAGCGACUUUGAACGAGUCCAGAUCAUCCCAGGAGCCCAACAUGGGAACAUUCAGGUGGGGUGUGUGGACUGCUCUCUGCAGGGGGGACAGAUCGCGGCUUCAUACGGAAACAUGAUCUGUGUGUUUGAGCCGGUGGAGGUCAGUCCGCAAGGGAAAGCACAGAAACAGAAGCUGAAUUAUCAUUGGCAGAAGAGCGGGCAGUUCGCCCUGCAGUCCGUCGCACAGAUCCUGGCGUGGCACCCGAACGGUUCGUGUCUCCUGACGGGCUCGGCGAGUCUUCAGCUGUGGUGUGACGUGUGUGUCAGUGCAGAUCCUGAAGAUGAGGCCGUGGGUCCUCAGCGCUGCUGGAGAAGCAUAUGGCAAAGCAAGUCCGCCGCCUCGACUCACUUCAUCAAGUUUUCCCCUGACGGAGAGUUUUUUGCGACCGCAGGACAGGACGACUGCUUGGUGAAAGUGUGGUACAGCACCAGCAAAUGGCAGGCAGACGCCACGAAGCUCUUCACCCCGCUCGACCUGCGCUCCGAGAUCAACUUCUCCUUCAUUUACCUGGCUCACCCUCGCUCCGUCACCGGCUUCUCCUGGAGGAAGACCAGCAAACACAUGCCCAGAGGAGUGGUGUGUAACGUGCUGCUGACCUGCUGCAAGGACAGUGUGUGUCGACUGUGGGCCGAAACGCUCCUGCCCAGCGACUGCCUGCUGUCCGGACUCAGACACAACCAGUGCAACAACGACAAGACCAACAACAUGAAGAAGUCGUCCAGCAGCACCCUGAGCCAGAGCCCGAUGGAGCUGAACCUGAAGCCGUCGUGGAGAGAGGAGGUGAGGAGUUUAUCUCAGCUCUCGUACACCGGCCCUCUUCCACAGCAGCAGAACAAACACUACUCACACCGUGCCAACAUCACGCACGCCAACGCCCUGUGCCACUUCCACAUCGCUGCCAGCAUCAACCCAGCCACAGACAUCCCUCUGCUGCCCUCCAUCUCGGCCAUGAGCGGCGCGGAUGAGGAGGAACCGGGCGGCUCCUUCACCGUCCACUGGCUCAACAACAAGGAGCUGCACCUGACGCUGAGCAUGGAGGUGUUCCUGCAGCAGCUGCGGAGCCGAGACGAGCAGAGCGGCCCCGCUGACACACACGGUACCGUGCCAGAAUAUGUGAAAAUGUGA